CCUUUCAGAUGAAAACAUGGCUGUUGCCGUGUGCCUGACCGUGUGGGUGCACAUGCCAAUGUAAACAAACAACCGACAACUUGUGGAUUUCAUGGAUCGUCUGCUGGUUUUUGGUGGGAAAUUGAUACAAUUUUCGUUGAAGGAAUCUGAUGUAACUAAAAAUAUUGUAAUCGAGGCAAGAGUGUGGUCAUUGGUUGACAAUGAAGGUGAAUGGGAAAACGAAAGUAAUAUCGUUUUGGAGUUGGCCGGAACAAAAUCGACGGUAUCUGUAAGCAUUUUACAGACAAGAAACUGUUUAGAGAUAAAAACGGGGUUCUUGUUGCCUGUUGUUAUUUUACAAGUUUCGUCUCUACGUGAUCCUGUAAACAAUCAACUCUAUCUCGUUGGUCUCAGUCUGCCAACGAAGAGCCUGAUCCUGUUAAAAAGUGUAGAAAAAUCGGACACCACAACGACCUGGACUGACAGAUGUGUGUCGUUUACAGCGUUAGACGGUCCUGUUAUAUGCUGGAUGAAAGAUGGCUCUCAUGUUAUGUGUGUUCCUGGAGAGGAUAACCCCUGUCAACUAAAACCAACAGCUUUACCUCUUGAAUUCAAACCUAGUUCUAUCGUAGGUUCAUAUUACUCAUGUAGAAAAUUCUUUUUUAUUGCAAACCAAAAAGGUAAACAUGCACGAGCAUAUUCUGUAUCAGACUCAACUCUGGUUUGUGAGAACCUUCCCAUUGAACGUUUUUACUCAGCAGAAUUUACCAACAUAGUAAAAAUCCAUUUUGUAGACGGGAAAAUAUUCUCAUCAAAUUCAAGUGAUGCCACAACAAACCCCAUGAUACAGACCACUCUGUAUGCUGUCACAGAUGAAGGUUAUGUGUUGUAUUUUAAGGAUGGGCAACUGGACUUUGCAAUCCCCAUCAGUGAAGAGAUCCAAAUCUCAAGUGAUGUUGAACUACAUGUAUUCUGUCCCUAUGGAUUAACCAAGACUUUAGUUGCUGUACACUCGGAUGCUGCUGUGUUUCUUUUAGAUACUGCUGAAAGACAGGUGAUAAACACAUGGACGGGUGUGCAUGCUUGUCAUUGUGAGGACUUUGUGGGACUUGGCUGUCCACAGCUGCUAAUACUGAAGAAAGGGUUUGAUACUAACAGUGGAUGGCUGGUCACAGACACAUUCUCUGUCCUGAUUGACCGGUUAGGAGAGGAAGGACCCCGACCAGAAACAACAGCAACCAAGAAACACGAGGACAGUGCAUCAGCUGCUAUACACGCCCUGCAGACCAGACUCACUAAUGAUCUGGUGGUGCUUGGUGAGAAGAAAAGGGAGGUAACCUGCAAAGAGAGAUUUAUUUCGAGAACUUGGCAGACAUUGCAGGGUAAUCUACAAGGGAGACCACUCUUUCAAGCUAAAGAUGAUCCUUCUUUGAUCACUAUGCUGAACAAGACAGAAGAACAACCAUCAGCUGGAAAGAUUCCUAAGGUGGAGAACAGAAGUGAGGGACUCACAGUGACAGAGAUAUGGCAGAGAGUUACUGAGGGACAGUGGGUGGUGGGGGUGGACUGUAUCGCCAGAAAUACACUUUCACUUCAAGUGGUACUUGUACCAGAAACAGAGGAUUUGCAUUUCAUAGGAUGUAUAACUUGUUCCUCAAACCAACUCCACGAUAUUACAAAAGAUUUCAGAAAGAAACCUUUAUCAACAACAAAAAGUGAUGAAAUAUCCUCAGUCCAUAAUUCACAGAUAAAGAGACCAAGACUAACAGCUACCUGUCCUGAAGAAGAGGAGUUAUCUCCCUUGAUAAAACACUUUCCUGCAUGUGUUGCAUCACUGCCAAAAUUUGGGAGACUUCGGAAGGUUCGCUGUCAUGUGAUUCUACAGUGGACUGAGAAUGAUGUCAACAGGCAGCCUCAUUCUGGAUGUCAGGAUUGUGGAAUAAUCUCGCUGUCUGUGGAUGAUAUACUACAGGACAAAUAUGACCUGGGAAGGGAGGCAACUGCUAAAGUUGAAACAUCUAGAGACCUGACUACCCUUUCACUUACCCAGCCGGAGGUGGGCCUGAAGCUGGAGGGGACACGCCCCUACACUGUAGGGUGUCUGAGGGCCUGGUUGGAGGGGCGGGCAGGGUUUACCUUCAGGCCAGUGUACAGGUGUUACAUGUCCGACGUGACAUCCCUCCAUCUUGUUCGAAUUGAGGUCGGGGAUGGUGCUGCUGGAGAUGAACAACUGGCGAAGUUUACUCUAUCUGCAAGGAAUAUGGAGCAGAUAGCAUUGACUCUUCAUCACCUAUAUUCCUGCUUCCCUGACAAUGUUUUGAUUCUCCCUGACAACCAAGAGGUCAUUUCCAGGUCACUGAAGGUGGCAGUAGGCAACCUGGAAAAGGAAUUAACAUAUGUAACUUCUGCAAUGAAAGAUCUUAACAAGGGGAAGCACUCAUCCAUUCCGGAAGUACAUGUGGAGCAUGAAAAAGGUGUCGACGGACAUGUUGAUGUUGAGAGAGUGAGAUCAAACUUUGCCAAGAGAAAACGAGACCUUUUCUUUAGUGACACAGAAAUGGUUUCUACAGAGGAUAUGGAACAGUUCAGAAUAAAACUAGAAACACUCCAGAUAAACACUGAUAGAUCCAUGAAAGACCUGGCAGGUCUGUAAAACAAUGAUGGACCUAACUAGUCUAUAGAUCUAGGUGUUGUAGAUAUUAUAGUCUGUAGAUCUAGGUGAUGUAGACCUAACUAGUCUGUAGAUCUAGAUGUUGUAGACCUAACUAGUCUGUAGAUCUAGAUGUUGUAGACCUAACUAGUCUGUAGAUCUAGGUGUUGUAGACCUAACUAGUCUGUUGGUCUAGAUGUUGUAGAUUUUACUAGUCUGUAGAUCUAGAUGUUGUAGACCUAACUAGUCUGUAGAUCUAGAUGUAGAUCUUACUAGUCUGUAGAUCUAGAUGUUGUAGACCUACUAGUCUGUAGAUCUAGGUGUUGUAGAUAUUACUAGUCUGUAGAUCUAGGUGUUGUAGACCUUACUAGUCUGUAGAUCUAGAUGUAGAUCUUACUAGUCUGUAGAUCUAGGUGAUGUAGACCUAACUAGUCUG